AUGUUAAUCAAGACUAUGGCAUUAAUCGUUUUGUUUGCUGGCCAUGGCUGGUGUGACUUUAGGAUUCCAAUUCUUAGUUUGGAAAAUAUCCUUUCAACUUUCAAUGCGGGAGGAGGUGGACCUCGACCUGGUUCCAGUCAUAAAACACACUCGAAAGCAGACUACGAGGCCUAUCUGAAUGACUACGUCAAUUAUCUUCAGUGGCAGCAAUCCCUAGCAGCUUACGACUAUUACGCUAGGUAUUAUAGUCUUUAUGGAUAUCCAGGAUACGGGCCUUAUCCAGGGCAUAACCCAGGGCCUUACCCAGAUCCACCACCGCCUACUCCAACCACCGCAGCUCCAGACACAUCAUCAUCUACGAGCUCCACUCCCACAACCUCCACUGCGAUUCCCACUUCCACGGGUGCUCCAACCACUUCAACAGCCAUUCCUACUACUACCGGACCCGUUACUACUUCAACGGCAGUGGCUCCUACAGAUUCUGACACCACAUCCACAGCAGUGGCUCCUACAGAUUCUGAAACCACAUCCACUGCAGUGGCUCCUACAGAUUCUGAAACCACAUCUACUGCAGUGGCUCCUACAGAUUCGGACACAACAUCCACAGCAGUGGCCACGCAACCAACCACUACGGCAUCACCAACAACUUCCACUGCAGUGGCUCCUCAAGAUACUGACACCACAUCCACCGCAGUUAUACCUACACAGCAAGACAGUUAUUUCCUACGAGACUACACUACACCUAGGCCGUCUUACUUUGUGCCCAGUUCGUUGAUCAGUCCCUACCCUACGCUGCACCGUGUUGGUCCCCAACAGAUCUACAUUCCAAGCUCUGCGGCAUCUGCUUUAGCUUCCGCAUCCGUAGGCCAGCGUCUUCCUGUUUUCAUCCCAUAUAAUGCAAUUUAUGAAAGGACCCAGUACGAUCCUUACUUCCACUUUGUGGGUAGAAAAUAAAAACGAUCAAGUAAUUGUGAAGAAUUAUGUCUUGAA